AUGAUGGAUUCAGUCAAAAAAUUAGAUUCAGUCAAAAAAUUAGAUUCUGAUAAUAGUGUGUUAGAAGAUUAUUUGAUUGCUAUAGAUUUAUAUUCACAAAUUCCUGAAUCAAUGUCAAUAGUUCAAGAAGAUAUUCUUAAAGUGAAUGAGAAUACUGAUGGUAUUCCUGCAAGGUCACCUGCUAGAAAUAUAAAGAAACUCCAAGUACCAAAUUCUCCAGAAAUCCUGGAUAGUUCAUCAGUAGAAUAUCAAAGUUAUGGUUCAGAUAGAUCUUCAUUUGCAUCAAUUUUCUCUGAUAAUGAAGAUUUAGGUGAAGACAAAGAUAAAAUUGAUCUUGAUACUGAAGAUUAUGAAGAAAUUUUAGAGUUAUUAGAUUACAUUAAUGCUGAUGAUAGCAUAGUUCAAACUGUCGAUGAAGUUAUCAAUAUUGUUGGUAUAUUUUCGGGUAUAAGUCCCAAAAAGGUUUAA